AUGGACGAAUACAGAAUGAACAACAACUGGAAGAUAGUGAAGAUGAACGGGAGUGAGAUGGUCCAGAAGUUCGCGCGGGACAUGUUCAUCAACUUGGGCUCCAAAAGGACGGCAGUGGAGAAAAUGUCGAACCGAGCAGAACUAGCCAACAUGAAUCACAACUACGAUAAGGAUAUUGUGUAUGAGUAUCCGAACGCCAUGCUCAUCAACCAGAAGGAUAAAGAGACGGGCGAACCCGCCCACCCGCGCCUGGCUCCGGACUUCGAGCUGAAGGAGAACGAGCAUUUCAACAACAUCCCUGUCAACAUGGAGCUGAGCGAUGUACAGGUGCCGGUCAACGUGUACAAUGAAGCUCCAGACGUGCUGAAUGCCGUCAAGUGGUCCAAGAAACUCGACCCUGUCUUCAUAGAGAACGGUAAAAUGGACCCGACGUUAACAUGGCAGUACUUCGGCAGUUCGACAGGGUUUUUCCGCCAGUAUCCAGGUAUUGCCUGGACGCCUGCACCGAACGGCAUUGAUGAUUACGACUGUAGAAAUAGAGGAUGGUACAUCCAGGCUGCCACGUCCCCCAAGGACAUUGUAAUCGUGGUGGACAGGAGCGGGAGCAUGAAGGGGCUUCGGUUAGAAAUCGCCAAACAAACUGUCGACACCAUUAUCAAUACACUUGCAGACAACGACUUUUUCAAUGUCAUAGCGUUUAACAACGAGGUCAGCUACAUCGAGAAGUGCUUUGAGAGCACGCUGGUGCAAGCUACAUCAGACAACAAAGAGUUAUUGAAAAAUGGAGUUCAGCAGCUUGAGGCCGACGGAAUGGCAAAUUUUGAAAUUUCCCUGGACACGGCUUUCCAAAUGCUCCGUGACUUCAACAACACCGGCCAGGGGUCGUGGUGUAACCAGGCCAUCAUGGUGAUCACGGACGGAGCCCCGCGGAACUACGAGCAGCUAUUCCGGCGUUAUAACCACCCCGACAGAAGGGUUCGCGUAUUCAGCUAUCUGAUUGGUCGCGAAGUUGGUGAGUCUGCGCCGGUGAAGUGGAUGGCCUGCGCUAACAAGGGUUACUACACCCAGAUUGCCACACUGGCUGAUGUACAAGAGAACGUCAUGAAAUACAUCCACGUGCUUAGCCGCCCCAUGGUUAUCAGAAGAGCCCAUGGAACAAUCUGGACCAACGUCUACAUGGACAGCUCGGGAAGAUACAAGGAAGUGUUACAAAAGUACGCGGAGGGUCUAGCCUUGAUGACCACCGUUGCACGACCCGUGUUUGACAUGAGGAAUAAAACGAGUUUAGAAGGAAAUCUCCUCGGAGUUGUGGGGAUUGAUGUCCCCGUGAGUGAGCUGAUGAAGCUCGCUCCGCCGCUCAAGAUGGGUGUGAAUGGCUACGCCUUUGUCAUCACCAACAACGGAUACAUCCUGACCCAUCCAGACCUUCGACCAACGGUUGUCAUGGAUCCAGGAGGAGAUGCGAUCACCAAACCCAACUACAACAGCGUGGAUUUAGGUGAAGUCGAAAUUUCUGACGCGGAAGAGAAAUUACGUACCAGCAUGGUCAAACGUGAGACGGGAGAACUAAAUUUCACAGUUCAAGAACACCUGGACAACAUGAAAAGAGUGAUGGUCCACAUAAAUGAUUACUACUUCACAAAAAUAGACGAAACUCCCUUCAGCUUGGGCAUUGCGAUUCCCCGUCCUUAUGGACAAUACUUCGUCCAAGGAACGGUAAAAGAUAGGAGCAAAGGUCUUGAUCCACUUCGAAAAGGAGCCACGGGGCCAGUACUGGCUAAAUGGAAGUAUUGUCAGCUCACCACUGCUGAGGCGAACAACAUGACCCAACUGGACGCCAUCGUCAGGUAUCUGGAGAACGAGAACAAGAACAACGGGAAAAACAUGGUCAUUGCGAAACAAUGCUACGGGGAGCUUGUGGAUCACGUGAUGUUCGACGCUGCUAUCACGGAGGUACUGGAUUCCUUCUGGGUUGAUGUUGCUGUAAAGGAGAAUAGCACCAAGUAUGGGAUUCAGCAGGUUUUCGUAGGAACCAAGGGAGGAGUGACGCGCUUCUACUCCUACCUGGAACAUCCUGACGAGAUGACUGAGAGGGACUUUAUCAACAAGACCAAGAACACAAUCCAGGCGACGUACUACAAGCGCGCCGCCGAGCUGGGACCGGAUUACUUUGUGUAUUCUGUACCGUUUGAUCAGGGCCUGUCCAAUGAUACCAACUUCGUGGUGACCGCAUCAACCGCAAUCUUCUUGCAAAAGGGUGGGCAGAGGGCAGUCGCUGCAGUGGCCGGACUUCAGAUGAACCACGAAUCGUUCAGUAACCUGUUCUUUGCUGCCACGGCUCAGUGUGCAGACAGCACCAGUCCUCAGGACUGUAUGGGCUGUGAGGAAAGCGAUGAUCUAGACUGCUAUCUGUUGGAUGACGGAGGCUACAUCGUUGUUUCAGAACAGCAGGAGCACAUCGGAAGAUUCUAUGGUGAGAUCGACGGGACCAUGAUGUCAGAGAUGGUAGAACUCAACCUCUAUGACAAGAUUGACCUCAUCGACUACCAGGGUAUGUGCAGAACGACUUCUGCUGACUCCACUGCUGCGGCAACACGUUUACUUAAUCCAAUUCUGAACCUGAUAGGCUACGUCAUGUGGUGGACGAAGGAACUAGCAGUACUUCUGGCACAAUUCAGUUUGUACAAUUUGCUGUCAGGACAGUUUGAGUACACGUCAGCAGGUUCAGGACCAGACUAUGCACCAUGUGACAAGGCCUUCACCUUGUACAAGGCCAACUUCUCUCUCAACAAGGGAAACAUAGGAUUUGACGGUUACAUCGAAUGUAACGAAUGCCAAAAGGCCUUCAACAUCAAACUUGUGCCGAACAGCAACCUGAUCCUGCUGGCUGUGGACAACAGCUGCCCCUGUAGCCUCGUCUCCAACUUCAACCUGGACCCACAAGAAGUCAGCUAUGGCUCUAACGACACCCUGCUCUGCGAGAGACGGUUGUCACAGAAGGUACGCCGCCGCCCUGAUAAAUGUUACAACUACCAUCCCAAGGAAGAUCCGAAGAAGUGUGGACGCGCCAGCUCCCUGGUGGUGUCUCCGCUGCUCCUGCUCCUCACUCUUCUCUUCACGGCCAAAGAAGCCUUCCUGCCGCGCACGUGAGGACCGCGCGGUGGCGCCACAGACAACGCAUAAUACUCCAAUAACUCCGAGUGCAAUGACGUGCAUGAUGACAGUCAAGUGUCCAAACAAAGAGGAAAUAUUUUACUCUUUCUAUAUGAUGUAUCUGACAACCGCUAAUCGUAUAGUUACUUGUGACUUCUUGUAACUUGUACAAGUGUGCACGCGUUCCAAUGUUCUUCUAUUUUUGAAGACCGUACACCCGAUUAGUGUUGUCAAUUUUCCAACAUGUUCUGGUCUGCCUCAUCAAGUCGAUGUUUCAAGGUUUCUGUUCAGUGGACAUUUUCCAUUCUUUGUGUCCUCGUAGUCGACAUAGCCUCGAUGAUAUCUAUUACGCUCUGUUGAAAUGCAGUCACCGACCGCGUAUUUGAAACAUAGAUUUAACAAGAAAAGGAUCAUUAUGGUUAUUCAUUUCUGUUCGGACGCAGCACAGAGCGAGUUUUGCGGGUUUUCAAGAGUUUUGUGAGAAAGGAAGGAUGUGUCUUUUGUAAGUAGCAAAGGGAAGAAAAAUUUUGGCAACUGUUGUUUUUGCCAAUGUUACGAAGUCUGUAUUUACCCGACCUCCUACUUUUUAUUAUCACGACUGGGGUCUCUAAACAUCGAGUUCUAGUGUUUAGUUAGCGUUGUACGUUCUAGUUAGCGUUGUCAUUUAUUGUUAACUAGUGGUGUGUAUCUGGUUUAGUUAGCGUAUGCGUAUAUGUUCGUCUACAUCAACUAAAACAGAUGUUUUAUUUUUUAUACCUUCUGUGAAGUAGAAUGAGAAGGCACAGAGAAAUACAUGGGGAAGAAAGAUAGCGAGCUCGAGAUACAUUUAAGACAUUGUCACAUACUUUUGGUCCAUCGUGUAAAAGGGUAGGCGUGUCCUUGGUCAGAUUUUAAAUAUCACAAACAAUCACCCAGUCUAUGAAUAGCGAAAGCCGCGUUUGAGGCUUUUUUUCUUCUUCAAAGCCAUCUGACCAUUUUGAACAGUAAAUGGUCGACAGAAUAGGUAUUAAUCCAAUAGAGUCACCCAUAUUAGGGACACUUGUGUUAGCCUGACGUAUUUUUUUGGAUAUGAAGAACGAAAAGUGGCUGAUAGCAAUGUAAAUAAUCAAAAGAUGCUGCAGCUUCUGAAUCUCAAUAAUCACAAGACUAUAUAGCGUAGAUUCUUUUCAUUAAUGAACAUAUAGGAGAACAUGUAACAUGCUUGUGGAAAUGUCAGCUCAUUAACCAGGAGAAUGUUAAUAGAAUCUUAGAAACGUACUGUUGCCUUAUAUGCUGUGAUCGCUAGCCUGAGACCCAGGCUUGGUCAGCUUUAGUCGACUCCACCCGUUGCUACCCAGCCAUCGCGCCUGAACGAAAAGCCACGAUUGGCGCGAUCUAAAGCCAAACAGGACUGGGUCUGAGGCUAACGGUUGGAGAAGCUUUUGAAAAAGGACUGUUGUACAAGAAAAAAAAAACUAAUACAUGUAGACGUCUGUACACAUACACGUCAACGAUCACUUUCGAUGUUUGCCUCAUUUCAAGUUUUUUGUCAGAUUACGAUUGCAAACCGUUGAAAGUACUGCUUUAAAAUGUACAGGUUAAAAAGAAGUCUCUUAUUUUCUACAUUGAGUGAUAAACAUGACUUUGUUUUGUUAACAUUGCUCGAAUAUGUUUGGAAACCGGAUACCGAUGUAAAGGAGGGGCAUUAAUUUAUUUACGGGGAUAAGGAACGUAGACUUGUCACACUAAAGGGAGAUCUGUGGUUUACAGGUAUGAAUAGAUUGAUAUCUGAGCCGAUGACCACAAUUUACAGUAAUGAUAUUCAACAGAAAGUAUUGUACGAUAAUUGUAAAGAACAAAAACAGAGAUUUGAACAUAACCUUAAGUUGAUUGAUUGAACACUGUCAAUAUGUCAAUAUUAACAAGCUUACUUUGUAGUGCGCACAUAUUAACAAAUCUGUGUGUGACUGUUUGAAAAGAAUUUGGUUUUUCGUGUCUUAAUCCAAAUGAAGCUUCUAUUUCUGAUUGACAAGCCAGUGCAAUUUAAACAUAGCACUAUAUGCGAUAGCAAGAAGAUGCAUGCAUGCAUGGAUUGCAGUCUGAUGCCACAGAUACAUUAUGUAUGUAUUCUUAUAACUUGGUGUCGAGUUUAUUUCGGACUCUGGCUACUGAGAGUGUAUCUGUUUUUUGAACGAUGUUGCCAUGUCGAUUUGUACAUUAUGUGAAACUGAAAUGUUUCUUAAUAAAUUAUUCUCUAUUUGUCUG